AAAAAACAUUUAAUCUAUAAAGAAAAGAAUAAAAACAAUAUAUCAAAUAAUAUAAAAAUUAGAUUUCUUAAAUAUGAAUAGCCUUCAAUAACUCAAUAAAUUUACUUUGACUUUCAACAACAAACACUUAGAAGGCGAAUUUGGCAAAGUUGAUCAUAAGCUAAAAAGCUAUUUAAUUAUCACAACUGCCUUCCUUUAUUUUUGCUAGCUUGUAAUAUAUUUAAGUAUUAAUGGAAUUAAUAUUUCUCUUAUAGUUUUUUCAUGCUUAGUCAUUCUACUAGGUAUUUUGGGUAAAUUCCAUUAAAAACUGCUUCCUUUAUACAAUUUAGUAAUGUAGUCGUUUUGCUGCUACUUUCUAUCAACUUAUGUUGUUUAUUCUGACAUGCCUAUAUGGAGAGCUUUUAUGAAUGGAUAAACAGUAGGAUCAAUUUUUCUUUUAGGGAGUAAGUCUUUUAUUUUCGAUACAAUAAGUGUCUUAGUGAGCUAAGGAAUUAUCAUGUAUAUUUGCAAACCUCCUGUUUAAAACUACCUUGAUUUCUUUCAAGUUGCUUUUAUUAAUAUACUUACUAAAUACAUUUAUUAUUUGUUUGCACGAUAAACCUUUAUUAAUCAAAGAAGUAUUGAUUCGUGGUAUAGUGCAAUAGACAAGCUAUUUUAAAAUAACAUUAUAAUCACAAAAUUUGAACCUAGAACUUGUAAUAUCAGUCUUCAUGAGUGUAAUGAAUAUGCAAGAAGAUUUAAUAUUCACCAAAGUGAUGAUUUAUUCAGAUAAUUCUUGAUGAAUGUGAAACUUUAAUCUGAAAAGAGAAAUAGUAGGCUUAAUUCAACUCGAACAACUGCGAAUUCUGUGGAUUUCAUCUCAUUGAAAGAAUAUUUAAUUUAAAAAUAUUAUAAAAUUACUAACAAUAAACAAUAAUCGAUGAAAUAAAUUGGAGAAGAACUGAUUGGUUUCUAUGAAAAAUAAAAAUAAGUCAUAAGAAUAAAAAUGAAAAUCGGACUUCUUUUCCAGGAUGAACCUUAUUUAAUUAUAACAUUCAAUGAUAGGAUUGAUGAAGAUAAUAUAAAAUGUUUAAAAAAGGAAAUAAAUAUACUAAAAUCUCUCUUUAUGAUCUCAACUAUUAGUAAUAAAAUAAAAAGCAUGGAGAUUAGUAACUAUUUAUAGAUAAACAACUUUUGGUCAGCUAAAUAAAAAAUAAUAUAGUAAUACAUCUCCCUAACAAGUAUAGAAGAAUAUAUCAAAUAAAUAAUUUAAAAAGACACUAUUUAGUAAAUUACCUACAAUAAAAUUAGUAUGAAGAAUUUAGUUGAUCUUAUCAAAAAUAUUUAUCCGACUCUUAAAAUUGAAAUAGACUCUUAAACUUUAUAGACAAUUAUUACUAAUGAUCUACAAAAAAUUAAAACGACAAUUUUUUACCUUUUAAGCUUGAUAAAUGAAUAAAAUCAGCACCAAUGUGCUCAUAAUUAAGAAUAAUGGAAUCAGAAAUUUAAUAUCCAAAGAAUAAAUUCCUUUUAAAAUUGUAAUACUGAUAGUAGUACUAUUUCGUUAGUGAUUUAAAAUAAAUAAAGUUUUCUUUAUGAUUCAAUAAGCUUUUAAUUCAAAGGAAUUGAUAGCAGCAAAAGAGAUAAUCAAGAUGAAAUUUCAUCUGAAAAAGUAAUAAAUUAGAGUGGAUUUAGAGAAGAAUAAAUUGUGAAAGAAAUUUAAAAAGAAUGCAUCAGGUAUUAUAUUUCACAAAUAGGACCUAAUAAUAGUCUGCCAGAAAAGAAGCUUAUUUAAAGCGAAAAUUAAUUUGUUUAUGAAUUCGAAAUUUUCAAAGACAUCAAAAACUUGUCUAAUAAAAAAGCUAAAAGAUUUAGUGAAAAAUUUAAAUUACAAAAAUCAAGCUCUAAUUUAAAACCUGAAAAUUUUAUAAAAUAAAAAAAUUUCUCUUUUCACACACCAGAAUAUUUAAUUUUCAAUCAAAAUAUACGCUAUAAUACUAAAAUUAUAUCUAAUAACUCUUUGCUUCUUGAGUACUGCCAAAGAUUAAAUAGAAUAGAAAAAAAAUAAAAAAAUAACUCACCGCAUUUCAGCCUAACAAACCCAGAUUUUAUUCAAUCUAAUGAGAUAUAUCUAAGCGAAAUUACAGAUGAAAAAGAAAAAGAGGAAACAUCUUCAUUUAACAUCUAGCCUUAAUUUACUACCGAGACCAAUCGAAACAUUCCUUAAACCUUUCUUUCAAUAAACAAUAAUGAUCUAGCUUUAAAAACAUAAGAAAAUGCAUGAAUAUAAAAAUCUACUUUUAAUAAACAAAUAUUAAUUAAUACUAAAAAACAAAUAUGUAAACAUCAAAAUUUUAAUCAAUUUAAACAUAAUUAUAUUUAAAUGUAUUUAAAAUUAUUC